AGAAGAAGAGGAGGAGGAAGAAGAAGAAGUAGGAGGCUUGUGUGUGAAAGGGCUCAUUGUAGGAGGGAGGGAUGAGUGUGUGUCUGUGUGUGUGUGUGAGUGAGGACCCCCUCCUCUUUAACUAGCUGCUCAGCGGUGGAGGGAUUAGGAGAGUCACUGCCCAGCCGACCGGAGGGAGGGGGUGUACUGCAACAAGCGUGAAUCAUGAUCGCCGUCACUACUACAGACUGGGAGUGGAGCCGGAAUUGUGCAAGAUACGGAUAACUGCGAAGAAGAAAACCGGUGUGUGGGGGGGAAAGGCUCCGUGUGGAUCCCACUACAAGUUUCCCAGCUCUGCCCCGUGAUCAUGCCUCACCGGGGGCAGCGCCACCUCCACUGCCGCCGCCGCCGCCGCUGCCCGGAGCCGACGCACUGUUCCGCCGCCUCCCUCACAUGUGCUUCACGCUGAAGAAGCCACCGAGGAACCAGAGCAGCGAGGAACACAGCUCUUACUUUUAAAAACACACACACGCGUGGAUACUUCCCCUCCUUUUUUAAAAAACUCCCAUCGUGUCGGGGUCUUCAGGAGAGGACGUGGUGGCCGCUGGGGGGUGGACUGAGAACUAAGUUGUACUUGUUGGUCCAACAUGGGGAACGCGGGGAGCAUGGACCAGCACGCCGACCUCCGGGGACACAACAUGCCUCUGAAGCUGCCCGUGCCCGAGCCCGCGGAGCUGGAGGAGAGGUUCGCCAUCGUCCUGAGUUCGAUGAAUCUUCCUCCAGACAAAGCACGACUGUUGCGGCAGUAUGACAACGAGAAGAAGUGGGAACUCAUCUGCGAUCAGGAGCGAUUCCAGGUGAAAAACCCGCCUCACACGUACCUGCAGAAGCUGAGGAGUUAUCUAGACCCAGCAGUCACAAGAAAGAAAUUCAGACGGAGGGUUCAGGAGUCCACCCAAGUCCUGAGAGAACUGGAAAUUUCAUUACGGACCAAUCACAUAGGGUGGGUGAGAGAAUUCCUAAAUGAAGAGAACAAAGGCCUGGACGUGCUGGUGGAGUAUCUUUCUUUCGCACAGUAUGCUGUCACGUUUGAUGGAGACUGUCUGGAGAAUAACCCGGAAGCUACGAUAGACAAGUCGAAGCCCUGGAGCCGCUCUAUAGAAGACCUUCAUGGAGGCAGCACGCUGCCGUCUCCCAUCACGGGGAACGGCAUCACACGUGGCGGGCGACAUUCCACCAUACGCUCCAACACGCUGCCCAGCCGGCGAACGCUGAAAAACUCCAGACUGGUCUGUAAAAAGGACGACGUCCACGUCUGCAUCAUGUGCCUGCGCGCUAUCAUGAACUACCAGUAUGGCUUCAACAUGGUCAUGUCCCACCCACAUGCUGUGAAUGAAAUUGCACUAAGUCUCAACAAUAAAAACCCCAGAACUAAAGCUCUGGUCCUCGAGCUCCUGGCGGCGGUCUGUCUCGUGAGAGGAGGCCACGAAAUUAUUCUCUCUGCGUUCGACAACUUUAAGGAGGUUUGUGUGGAGGAGCAGCGGUUCGAGAAGCUAAUGGAGUAUUUCAAGAACGAGGACAACAACAUUGACUUCAUGGUGGCAUGUAUGCAGUUCAUCAACAUUGUCGUGCACUCUGUGGAGGACAUGAACUUCAGGGUUCAUCUACAGUUCGACUUCACCAAGCUGUUCCUGGACGACUACUUGGACAAACUAAAACACACAGAGAGCGAUAAGCUGCAGGUGCAGAUCCAGGCGUACUUGGAUAACGUCUUUGAUGUGGGAGCCCUCCUGGAGGACGCCGAGACCAAAAACGCUGCCCUGGAGCGGGUGGAGGAGCUGGAGGAGAAUAUGUCUCAUAUGUCAGAGAAGCUGCAGGACAUGGAGAAUGAGGCCAUGUCCAAGAUCGUGGAGCUGGAGAAGCAGCUGAUGCAAAGGAACAAGGAUCUUGAAUCCAUCAGGGAAGUCUACAAAGACACCAGCUCGCAGGUGCACUCCCUGCGGCAGAUGUUGAAGGAGAAGGACGAGGCCAUCCAGCGAUCUUCUAACCUGGAGAGGAAGAUCCACGAGCUGGAGAAGCAGGGCACCAUCAAGAUCCAUAAGAAGGGAGACGGGGACAUCUCCAUCCUGCCUUCGCCGCCUCCCGGAGUAGAGGGCGUGUUGGGGGGCGUGCCGGGCGGCAUGGUCGGAGGAACAAUUGGAGCUGUCAGUCCAAACCACGUAGGCGUUGUAGCGGGCACGCCUGGUCCGCCACCACCACCUCCUCCUCCUCCUCCUCUGCCAGUGAACGGCACAUUGCUAAACGGGCCUUCAUUGGUCAUUCCGACAAUGGUGGCGCCUCCUCCUCCUCCGCCGCCUCCUCCUCCACCCCCUCCUCCACCCCCAGGACUAUCCUCAGGCCCUCUGCCUCCUCCACCUCCUCCCAUGGCUCCACCACUGCCCGGCUGUGGGACGCCCACGGUCAUCAUGAACUCUGGGUUAGCCGAGGGACCCAUCAAACUUUUCUCCGUCAAGAUCAAGAAACCCAUCAAGACGAAGUUCCGCAUGCCCGUCUUCAACUGGGUCGCGCUUAAACCGAACCAGAUCAACGGCACCGUCUUCAAUGAGAUCGACGAUGAGAGGAUACUGGAGGACUUGAACGUGGACGAGUUCGAGGAGAUGUUCAAGACGAAAGCCCAGGGCCCGUCCAUCGACAUCACUUUGAGCAAGCACAAGGUGAUCCAGAAGGGACCCAGCAAGGUGACCCUGCUGGAAUCCAACAGGGCGAAGAACCUGGCCAUCACGCUGAGGAAAGUGGGGAAGGCGCCCGAGGAGAUCUGCAAGGCCAUUCAGCUAUUGGACCUGCGCACUCUGCCCGUGGACUUCGUGGAGUGUCUGAUGCGCUUCCAGCCCACAGAGAACGAGAUCAAAGUCAUGCGUCAGUUCGAAAAGGAGCGCAAGCCGGUGGAGACCCUGACGGACGAGGACCGCUUCAUGAUGCAGUUCUGCAAGAUCGAGCGGCUCAUGCAGAAGAUGACCAUCAUGGCCUUCAUCGGCAACUUCUCCGAGAGCAUUACGAUGCUCACGCCGCAACUUCACGCAGUCAUCGCAGCGUCAGUUUCCAUCAAGUCGUCACAGAAGCUGAAGAAGAUUCUCGAGAUUAUCUUGGCACUUGGAAACUACAUGAACAGCAGCAAGAGAGGAGCGGUGUACGGCUUCAAGCUGCAGAGUCUAGACUUGCUAAUCGAUACCAAGUCGACGGACCGUAAGAUAACAUUGUUACACUACAUCGCCAAUGUGGUGAAAGAGAAGUACUCGCAGGUUUCUCUCUUCUACAACGAGCUGCACUACGUGGAGAAGGCUGCAGCAGUGUCGCUGGAGAACGUCCUGCUGGAUGUGAGGGAGCUGCAGAGGGGCAUGGAGCUGACCAGACGGGAGUACAGCAUGCACGGCCACAACACCAUGCUCAAGGACUUCAUCACACACAAUGAGAACAAGCUGAAGAAGAUGCAGGACGACGCCAAGAUCGCACAGGACGCCUUCGAUGAGGCGGUGAAAUUCUACGGGGAAAACGCCAAAACCACGCCGCCGUCCGUCUUCUUCCCUGUGUUUGUGCGAUUUGUAAAGGCUUACAGGCAAGCGGAGGAGGACAACGAGCACAGAAAGAGACAGGAGCAGAUAAUGAUGGAGAAACUUCUAGAGCAAGAGGCCAUGAUGGAGGAAGAUCAGAAGUCUCCCUCCCAUAAGAACAAGCGGCAGCAGCAGGACCUGAUCCAGGAGCUGAGGAAGAAACAGGUGAAAGACAGCCGCCACGUGUACGAAGGCAAAGACGGAGCCAUUGAGGACAUCAUCACAGCCCUAAAGAAGAAUAACAUUACUAAAUUUCCCAAUGUCUACUCGAGGGUAAGGAACUCCUCCAGUAGCACCCCUGUAGUGGUGGGUGUGUCCAGAACCUGGCAAGCAUCUCUUUAUUACCUACCUUCCUGUUUUACCUCUCUUCUUCCCUCCCUGUCCCUUUUCUUGUAAUCCUCAUUCUAUCACCUUAAUACCAGACCAUUUGAACGUCUGAUUCUAAGAAGCUGCUCCUCUUUAUUCUAGUUAAUUCAGCCGGCGGCUCGUCUCUGUCGUAGCGUCCAGAGACGGCCGGCCUGAGGGGCUCUUCCUCCUCCUGUGUAGACCUCACGCUGCUUUGAAAGACAGGCUACCAGCACAACGAGCAUGUGGGCUCAUCAGCUCUCCCCUGACAGGAUGACUGACAGCUCUUUUAUCUCCCCCCUCCCCCACCAUCCUUCCCCCUUAUCUCAGAUUUGAGGAAUCAGCCUUACAGGCGAGCGGACGCCGUGCGGAGGAGUGUCAGGAGACGCUUUGACGAUCAGAACCUGCGGCCGGUGAACAACAGCCACGGCGAGGUGGUCAUAUGACGAGGGACCGGUUCAUGUGCUGGAAGGGAGGAGGCGAACAGGUGGUGGUGGGUGGGGGCAGGGGGAAGGACUGCGGGAUGUUGAGAAGAGGGAGGGAGGGAAGGUCGGAUGUGAAGAGCGAAGGCUGACGAGCGGAAGAUGACGAGGGUUGUAGCAACCGUAGAUAUGAGUAUGUAUAUAUAUUACAUAAGAAUACGUGUUGUUCCAUGUCUGUGGUAUCGUAGCAGCGUUUCACGAUGAAGGACUGGGAGGUGGACGAGUUUAAAGAGAAGUGUCUGAAAGGUUCUCGAACCUUCGACAAGCCAAGUGCCUGAACUUAUUCCUGUGCUCUAAUGUCCUACUGUGUUCUGUUUCUCUGUUUUUUAAUAGCCCCACUUUGAAAGCAAUACAGUUUGACCCGGCUUUAAUGUCACGACAUGUUGAAACUGGACUUUGUGGCUUUAAGAGUUGCGUGAAGAGACGCUUCCUUAAUGUAGAAUGUACGGGACACGUCCCCCUCAGAUGUCACAGACACUGCGUCUCUCACUGACCAAGGUUCACACUUGGUCUUAUCUCGGUACAUUUUGGUGCUUUCUUACAUUCCUCUUUCUACACAAACAUUCAUCUCAUGAGGCUUCUCCUCUUUGACUACCAGGGCUGACGAUCAGGCAGGAAGAUGGUGAAGAGUAAUUAUCUGUAUUAAUUAAAGAAAUUAAGUGGAAGGUUGAUGGAAAGUGAAUGAAAAAGUCCACAAAACAAUAAUUAUUUUUCAAAAGGAGACCCAGGGCCUGUGCUAUGAAACAGGAUUUGCUGUUAUUGAGGUAAAAUGAGUUUUAAAUCUCUGAGCUUUAUUUCCUACGAACCUGGUUCACUUCUUACUGGAAUAGUUACCGAUGUCCUGGAUAUGUUGAACCUGGUUAGUUCAGGUUACCAAACGAUAUGUUGGGUUAAGUGAAGCCGGAUAAAGAAAGCGUAUCAGAACAGGGCCCGAGCGAAUGUGAAUCGCAUCCAUCAAAUCUCUUCAUACUGACCAGUGGCUACUGAAGUCUUACUCUGUCGCUCUUAAUCCACAGAAGAAGAAGACGCCCAGUUCCACUAAACGCUGCCGUUUGUUUCUGUGACAACACAGAAGAUUCACUGGUUUACGGGAACAAGUUACCGAGAGUAUAAACUGCACGAAAAGACUCGAUGAUCUCAUUGACAAAACUGGACAUAACCCAUCGUUGUAUUGACAGGUUAAUCAUUCUCCAGGCUACUGUGUCUGCUCACUUUAUUGUAAUUUUAAAUGUAUAGUAUUUAACCACUGAAAAGAUUCCUUUAAGCUCAUGUUUCCGUCGAGUCAUUCGAGCGACGGCGAAACAGAAGAAAACAAAAACAAAAAAGUUUCCUAAAUGUACAGAUAUUUUGCUACAAACCAUGUUUUUUUAUUUUCCCUAUUCACAUUUUACCAGAUGGUUAAUAUUGUACAUAUUGUUUAAACAAAAGUUUUCAUCGCCUUGUGCUAUACAACUUGAAUGUCAUUUUAACUUAUAGAAUUUGUUUUGUUUUGUUUCCAUACUUUUUAUAUUUAAUGAAGCCAAAUGCAGCCGGGAAUCUACAGUAGUGAGUGACAUCGUGUUGUGUAGCAGGAUCACGCAGUGUGUUUGUGGGUUGAUGUCACACCCAGCGGCGGCGACCUGCAGCACGCUCAUGUUACUGGACUCGUCGUUAAACAUUAAACUGGUUUCUGUUGGUUGACCUGUGAUGAUGGGCUGGAAUGUGGCUCAGUGAUGCACCUUGUAAUCAUCUCCGUCUCUCUUUUAACUACACCGUCUGUAAUAGUGUCAUUUCUCUAACUGGAUAAUACUGGCAUGUUUUUUUUUUUUUUUUUACUUUCACCAGAAAUGUAUUCUAGGCAGUUUAUUGCGCUUACUACAAAAUAACAAGCAUUUUUGUUCUUUUUUUUUAAUUAGGUGAUAUGAGAUUUCCAUUGAAUAUGAUCAAAUAAACUAUUUACAUUGA